CACUCCCUCGUUCAUUGUCAAGAUCAAUGCAGCCCCUGUGGCCGCUUGAGUUUGCGACCUCUGCAUUACUGGGUGCGGACGUUGGAAAGACGGGACGUCUCAGCCUGUAUGUAGCUCACAGUCUGAUGGAACUGAGAGGUCGGCAGGCAGGCGGGGCAGCAAAGCGGCGGCUAGAGGGUAGGGGCGGUGCUGCGGUCGCGCCCCUAGGGGCUGUCUGGGGAGAGGGCGCAGCUUCAGCAAGACAGGCGUUGAGAGACCGGAGAGCGCGGCGGAGUCUGAGCAACCAGCUGCAGGCGUGGGCAUUGCCUCGCGUCGGCCUAGAGUCAGAAGCCAGUAUGCCCAGCUCGAACCUGGAGCAUCGGAACGAAAGGCAGCAGCUCCUCGUUUUCCAGCCGGACAGCCUCCCGUGCACCGCCGGGGCGGGAACCCGCCUUGGUCCCGCUUCCUCACGCGGAGCCCGCGGCACUAUGGCUCACGUCGGCUCUCGGAAGCGCUCGCGGAGUCGCAGCCGGUCCCGAGGGCGAGGGUCGGAAAAAAGAAGGAAGAAGAGUAGUAGGGACGCCUCGAGGAGCUGUGCAGCCUCUGGAUCCCAAGGUCGCAAGGCCAGCACUACCCCCGGGGCGGACGAGAGAAGCAAACACAAGGCCCGGAGGAGACCACGAUCCAGCUCCUCCUCCUCUUCUUCCAGUUCUUCUAGCUCGUCUUCCUCCUCCUCCUCCCACCCUUCCUCCAGCAAUGGCCGGAAGAAGCGCGGGAAGCACAAAGACAAGAAGAGGAAGAAGAAAAAGAAAAGGAAGAAGCUAAAGAAGAAAGGCAAGGAAAAGGCAGAAGCCCAGCAGGCCGAGGCUCUGCCAGGCCCCUCGCUGGACCAGUGGCACAGAUCGGCUGGGGAGGAAGAGGAUGGUCCAGUGCUGACAGAUGAGCAGAAGUCCCGCAUUCAGGCCAUGAAGCCCAUGACCAAGGAGGAAUGGGAUGCCCGUCAGAGUGUCAUCCGCAAGGUGGUGGACCCCGAGACAGGACGAACCAGGCUCAUCAAGGGAGAUGGCGAGGUCUUAGAGGAAAUUGUAACCAAAGAACGACACAGAGAGAUCAACAAGCAAGCCACCCGAGGGGACGGCCUGGCCUUCCAGAUGCGAGCUGGGCUGCUCCCCUGAGGGCCCCAGCUCACCAAGGGUGGUGGCAGCCUGGCUUCAAGGCAGGCCUCAGGGUGGCAACAGGAAGCCUGUUGGGUGCCAUUUGCCUUUUCUUGUGGCUUAGCCCCGGUCCAGCCCAGCUUCUCCAGUGCAGGGGGUGGAGGACAGGCUCACUGGCUUAUUCAGCACCCUCACCUGAAAGAGGGAACCUCUCCAGAUAUUAAAGGUCCUUGGUUAUAGAU